AUGGCCCAGGGUCCCGCCUCUUCGCCUACCGCGACCCCACCGUCUGCAGCUCUGAAGCGAACUACGUCGAGCACACAGAACAUGAAAAACCAGAAGUCCAUCCUCGGGUUCUUCCAGAAGUCCUCCCCAGCAACACCGUCAAACAACAGGACUCGCGAGCCCGCGUCAUCUCCAGCCCAGCGCGCGGGCGAACAGCGUGCGGCCAGUUCAGUCAAGCCCACGCCAAAGAGGAGCUUCUCCAGCUUCGCUCAGGACCUGAGCCCCGUGCCAAGUAGUGACCUUCCCAUCCCAGAGGAAGACGAUGGAAAUGGGGAUAAGGUAAAGUCCGGACGCGACAAAAUCCAAGACACCACGAUGUCUCCUUCGCGCCGAGCCAAGAAAAAGCAGGUCAGCUACAAGGAGUCUGAUUCAGAGGGCGAGGACGACGACGAUGCCAUCUUCCGCCCGACUCGCAAGAACAAUGCCAACGGCCGAGCUACCAAGCGCAGGAAGACCUCACCUGAGAGCGAGGAUGAGUUCCAGGGGGCAGAGGAUGUAGAAUUCUCGGAUGAUGAAAUGGACGACUUCAUUGUUGCCGAUGACUCUGAUGAAGAAGUCGCUGCUCCCAAAAAGCGCAAGCGACCGGCUACCACAACUGCACGAAAGAGCUCCAACCAGGCUCCCUCUUCACCACCACUACCCCCACCGACCGAUGAAGACUUCGAUAUAGAGCUCCCCGAGAGCUCUGCUGGCACUGCGCUGAAGUGGACAUUUGACCCGGAAAAUACCGAGCCUCGGAAGCAGCGUGUGGUACAAUCGACUACAAAGGCACCCUCUAGCACGAAGAAAGAGAAGGCUCACGUCAGGGACCCCGAAGAGCGGUAUCCGUGGCUUGCGAAGGUCAAGGAUAUUGAUGGGAACCCUCCAGGCCACCCCGACUACGACCCGCGCACGAUCUAUGUUCCACCGCUUGCUUGGUCCAAGUUCUCGCCUUUUGAGAAGCAAUACUGGGAGAUUAAGCAGAAGUUCUGGGACACUGUAGUGUUCUUCAAAAAGGGCAAGUUUUACGAGCUCUACGAGAACGAUGCCACCAUUGGCCAUCAGCUCUUUGACCUCAAGCUCACCGACAGAGUCAAUAUGCGCAUGGUAGGCGUUCCCGAGAUGAGCCUGUCCCAUUGGGCAAAUCAGUUUGUGGCCAAGGGCUUCAAGAUUGCUCGUGUGGACCAAUCCGAGUCCGCUCUCGGCAAAGAAAUGCGCGAGCGAGACGCUAAGAAAGGUGGAAAGGAAGACAAGAUUAUCAAGCGAGAACUCGCUUGCGUUCUCACUGCCGGUACUCUGGUUGAGGGUUCGAUGCUGCAGGACGAUAUGUCGACGUACUGUGUUGCCAUCAAGGAAGCCAUUGUGGAUGAUCUACCUGCAUUUGGUCUUGCCUUUGUGGAUACCGCAACUGGCCAAUUUUUCAUUUCGGAGUUUGUGGACGAUGCGGAUAUGACGAAGUUUGAGACUUUUGUGGCCCAAACCCGCCCCCAGGAGAUGCUGCUCGAGAAAGGAUGUGUCUCACAGAAGGUUUUGCGCAUUCUCAAAAACAACACCGGUCCUACCACCCUCUGGAACUACCUGAAGCCCGGUAAAGAAUUUUGGGAAGCAGAUAUUACCGUCAAGGAACUUGAUGCUUGCGAGUAUUUUGUGUCCGAGGAUGAUGACAACAUCAAGGCUUGGCCUGAGGUUCUUCGUCAGGCGCGGGAGAAAGAGCUGCUCAUGUCUGCUUUUGGCGCUCUGACGCAGUAUCUCCGAGUCUUGAAGAUCGAGCGAGACCUGAUUACUAUCGGCAACUUUACCUGGUACGACCCUAUCAAGAAGGCCUCUAGCCUGGUUCUGGAUGGUCAGACGUUGAUCAAUAUGGAAAUUUUUGCAAACUCCUUCGACGGUGGCCAGGAUGGCACCCUUUUCCAUCUCUUGAACCGAUGCAUUACACCAUUUGGCAAGCGAACCUUCAAGCAAUGGGUCUGCCACCCGCUGAUGGACGCUAAGCGGAUCAAUGCGAGGCUGGAUGCUGUGGAUGCCUUGAAUGCCGACCCGAGUACUCGCGACCAGUUCUCUUCGCAGUUGACCAAAAUGCCUGACCUGGAGCGACUGAUCUCUCGCAUUCAUGCUAAGGUUUGCAAGGCUCAGGAUUUCGUUCGUGUUCUUGAAGGAUUUGAACAAAUCGAAUACACGAUGGGUCUUCUCAAGGAAAGUGGUGCUGGCGAGGGCAUUAUCGGUCAGCUAAUUGCGGCGAUGCCUGACCUGAGCCCAUUGCUUGCAUACUGGAAGACUGCAUUUGACCGCCCUAAGGCAAAGGAAAACGGAAUCCUGGUUCCGGAGACCGGCGUCGAGUCUGACUUCGAUGCUUCCCAAGACAGCAUUGAACAGCUCCACAAGGAGCUCGAUAAUGUACUGAAAAAGGCUCGUCGUGACCUUGGCUCUACCGCUAUCUGCUACCGUGACAAUGGUAAGGAGAUCUACCAGCUUGAGGUACCUAUCAAGGUUAAGAAUAUCCCAAAGAACUGGGAUCAAAUGUCUGCCACCAAGCAGGUGAAGCGCUACUACUUCCCUGAACUCCGCAACCUGAUCCGAAAGUUGCAGGAAGCCCAAGAAACCCACGGUCAAAUUGUGAAAGAAGUUGCCGGUAGAUUCCAUGCACGAUUUGACGAGCACUACGGUACAUGGCUAGCUGCUGUUCGAAUUAUCUCCCAGCUGGAUUGCUUGAUCAGCCUGGCCAAGGCCUCAGCCUCGCUGGGCCAGCCUAGCUGCCGCCCUGUUUUUGUGGAAGAUGAGCGGAGUGUUCUCAACUUCGAAGAACUGCGACACCCCUGUCUUCUUUCAUCUGUGGAAGACUUCAUUCCCAAUGAUGUUCAGCUCGGCGGCAAGCGGGCGAACAUCGAUCUGCUUACCGGUGCCAACGCCGCCGGAAAGUCUACUCUUCUCCGCAUGACCUGUGUCGCUGUUAUUAUGGCUCAGAUUGGCUGUUACCUCCCCUGCAAGUCGGCGUACCUCACUCCUGUCGAUCGUAUUAUGUCCCGUCUUGGAGCAAACGACAACAUUUUCGCCGCACAAUCAACAUUCUUUGUCGAACUGUCUGAGACGAAGAAGAUUCUCUCUGAAGCCACUCCACGCUCACUCGUCAUUCUUGAUGAGCUGGGUCGUGGCACUAGUUCCUAUGAUGGUGUCGCCGUUGCGCAAGCUGUUCUGCACCAUAUCGCCACGCAUAUCGGUGCAAUGGGCUUCUUCGCAACACAUUACCACUCUCUCGCCGCAGAGUUCGAAAACCACCCAGAAAUCGCGCCAAAGCGUAUGGCCAUUCACGUCGACGAUGCUGAACGCCGUGUUACUUUCCUCUACAAAUUAGAGCAUGGUGUUGCCGAGGGUAGCUUCGGUAUGCAUUGUGCAUCCAUGUGCGGUAUCUCGAACAAGGUCAUUGAGCGUGCGGAGGUUGCGGCCAAGCAGUGGGAGCAUACAAGUCGACUUAAGGAGAGCCUUGAACGCCGCAAGGGUGGUGGCCUCGUCGGACUCGGAUGGUGGAGUGAUGUCGCGUGGGCACUACGCGAGUCAACUGCGGGUGAUGGUGAUAAGGCGGGUGAUGUCACUGAUCUGGGGCUAGAGGUCUUACGGAAGGCGAUCGAAGCUCUCUAG